CCCCGGCGCCGCUGGAGGGCGUGAGAGCCGCGCGGAGCCGCCACGCCGCCGUGCGGGGACAAGUCCAGAGCUCGCGACCUCAGCGGACCGAGACGCAGCUGCGUGGGCUCCUCGGGGCCGGGGCUGCUCCGGGGGGCGCGGGGGCCGGUGAUGAGCGCGCGCGCGGGGGCGCUGCACGCCGCCGCCCCCGCCGCCCCCGCCGCCGCCCCGAGCAGUCGCCGCCCGAGCUGCCGCGCGCGGCCCGGGCUCCGGCCAUGGAGACGCUGAGCGGCCCCGCCGGCGGCGCCCCGGACGCCAAGACGCAGCCGCCCGGCCAGCCGCACCGCCACCACCACCUGCACCCGCUGGCCGAGCGGAGGCGCCUGCACCGCGCGCCCUCGCCGGCCAGACCCUUCCUCAAGGACCUGCGGGCCCGCCCCGCCGCGCCCGCAGCGCCCGCCGCGCCCGCCGCCCCCUCGCCCGGCCGAGCCGCCACGCCGGCCGCCCCGCGCUCGCCCAACCUCGCCGGCAAGGCGCCACCCUCGCCGGGGCCCCUGGGCGCGCCCGGCCGCCUCUCCCGGCGCAGCGGCGGCGCCCCCGGGGCGAAGGACAAGCCGCCGCCGGGGGCCGGGGUGGCGGCCAGGGUGGCGGGCGGCACCAAGGCCGCUCCGGGCCCCAGGAGGGCGGCGCGCCCCGCGGCCGCCGAGCCGCUGCCCCGGGCGGGGAAGCCACCGCCGUCGCCCGGGAUCGAACCACCGGCCGCCGCGGCCAAGGGUCGGAAGCCCAAACGCGCCUCGGCCCGCGCCGCGGCGACCCAGCCCCCGGCUGCCCCGGGCGCCGCCGCGACCCUCGCCGUGGCCUCGGCCGCCGGCUGCCCCGCGCCCGGCUCGCGCAUCAGCCACACGGACAGCAGCUCCGACCUCUCGGACUGCGCCUCCGAGCCCCUGUCGGACGAGCAGCGCCCGCCGCCCGCCGCCAGCAGCGACGCCGAGUCCGGCACCGGCUCCAGCGAGCGCGGAGCCCCCACGCCCAGCCCCGCCGCCCGGGGGCCGCCGCCCCGCAGCCCCGAGCUGCCCUUGCUGCGCGCCGCGCCCCUGCCCGCCUGCGCUUGGCCCGGGGGCUGGAGCGGCCGCGGCGGGGGCCCCGCGGGGUGCUCGGGGCCGGGCCUGGGGGCGGAUGGCGGGGAGCGCGCGGGGCCCGGGGCCCCGAAGGAGGGCGGCCCAGGCGAGCGGGCCCGCUGGGUGCCGGCGGCCGAGGAGGAGGAGGAGCUGCAGCGGGAGGUGGAGGAGCUGCGCUCCGAGAACGACUAUCUCAAGGAUGAGCUGGAUGAACUUCGUGCAGAAAUGGAAGAGAUGAGAGACAGUUACCUGGAGGAUGAUGUUUACCAGCUGCAGGAGCUACGGCGAGAACUGGACCGCACGAAUAAGAACUGCCGGAUCCUGCAGUACCGUCUCAGGAAAGCUGAGCAGAAAAGCUUGAAAGUGGCUGAGACUGGUCAGGUGGGCGGUGAGCUGAUCCGAAGUCUGGAGCAGGACCUGAAGGUAGCCAAAGAUGUGUCUGUCAGAUUGCACAAUGAGCUUGAAACCGUGGAGGAAAAGCGUGCUAAAGCGGAAGAUGAAAACGAAACUCUCCGGCAGCAGAUGAUUGAAGUGGAAAUAUCCAAGCAGGCGCUCCAGAAUGAGCUGGAAAGACUGAAAGAGAGCUCCCUGAAAAGAAGAGGCAGUCGGGAAACAUAUAAGGAAAAGAAAACCUUUAACCAGCAGAGUGGUGGAGCGGACCGUCUUGGGAACUGCAGGUCUACAACCAAAACUCAAAGGAAACUGGCACCCCGGCGCAAGGAUGACAGUGCCGAUUUGAGGUGCCAGCUUCAAUUUGCCAAAGAGGAAGGCUCCCUGAUGCGCAAAAAGAUGGCCAAGUUGGGAAGGGAGAAGGACGAGUUGGAGCAGGAGCUCCAGAAGUACAAAGCUCUCUAUGGCGACGUGGACAGCCCCCUCCCCACUGGGGAAGUAGGUGGACCCCCCAGCACCCGGGAGGCCGAGCUGAAGUUGCGACUCAAGUUGGUGGAGGAAGAAGCCAACAUCUUGGGCCGGAAGAUCGUGGAGCUGGAGGUGGAGAACCGAGGCCUCAAGGCAGAGAUGGAGGACAUGCGGAGCCAGUACGAACGAGAGGGUAUCAGCCGGGACCACAUCCCAAGCAUUCCUACCUCACCCUUCGGCGACUCCCUGGAGUCCUCCACGGAGCUCCGGCGGCACCUGCAGUUUGUGGAGGAGGAAGCGGAGCUGCUCCGGAGGUCCAUAUCUGAGAUCGAAGACCACAACCGGCAGUUGACCCACGAGCUGAGCAAGUUCAAGUUCGAGCCGCCGCGGCCAGAGCCAGAGCCAGAGCCAGGGCGGCUGGGGGACAGCGCGGCCAAGGGCGCGGCUGGGGCUUCUCUGCAGGAGGAGCUCAAGUCCGCCAGGCUCCAGAUCAACGAGCUGAGUGGGAAGGUGCUGAAGUUGCAGUACGAAAACCGGGUGCUGCUGUCCAACGUCCAGCGCUACGACCUGGCCGCCCACCUGGGCCUGCGCGCCCCCAGCCCCCGGGACAGCGACGCGGACAGCGACGCCGGCAAGAAGGAGAGUGACGGGGAGGAGGGCCGGCUGCCUCAGCCCAAGCGGGAAGGCCCCAUCGGAGGAGAGAGCGACUCGGAGGAGAUGCCCGAGGAGGAGAAGCCGGAGGAGGGGAGCGAGACGAGCCAGGCGGAGCUCCUGCGGGCCCGCGAGGACUCGGAGUGUCUGCUGAGCAUAAGGCACGAGGCCGAGCGGCUGGAGCGCACCGUGGAGAGGCUCAUCACCGACACCGACCACUUCGCCCAGGACCCGGGGCUGCCCCAGGGCGGUGGCGAGCCCUCGCCGGGACCCGCCGGCCAAGGGGAAAGGGAAAAGGAUGAGGGGGGCAAGGGUGAACCCCGAGUGCUCGGGACCCUCAACGUGAAGAUGAAGGCUUUCAGGAAAGAGCUGCAGGCCUUCCUAGAGCAGGUGAACCGCAUCGGGGACGGCCUGCGGGAACGUUUGGAAGGCCUGUCCUCCUUGCCCCAGCUCACGGAGUCUGCUAGUUUCCUCUCCACCAUGACCUCCGUGUCCCGGGACUCCCCCAUCGGGAACCUGGGGAAGGAGCUGGUGCCAGACUUGCAGUCCAAACUGAGAGAUCAGAUGGAAUGGCAGCUGGGCCUGGAGAGAGGGAAUGAGCAGGAGCCCCUGCGCACACGCACCACGCGGGAGCUGCUGCACCGCCGAGCUGAUGGGGACACGGGCAACUUCCGGCCUGGAGGCCAGAGCUGUUUCAGUCUAGAGCUCAGGCGUCCUCCCGUUUUACCUGAACACACUGUAUCAGUAGAGGGGCUGCAGGGUCAGCUUGCACAGGCGACCAGACUGCUUCAAGAGGAGACAGAGAAAUUGACAAACAAGAUCUGUAAGAUGGAGGAGGAGCAUCUGUAUGCCCUGAGGUGGAAAGAGCUGGAAAUGCACAGCCUGGCUUUGCAAAACACCCUCCACGAGCGCACGUGGAGCAACGAGAGGAGCCUGAUGCAGCAGGAGCUCCGGUCCUUGAAGCAGAACAUUUUCCUUUUCUACGUCAAACUCAGACGGCUGCUGAAACACUGGCGGCAAGGAAGGCAGGUGGAGGAAGAAGGAGAGGACUUCGCCGAGGGUGAACAUCCAGAGACCCUCCCCAGGCUCGGGGAAUUUGGGGUCCAGAGGGACACAAAAGGAGAAGGCCCCAACCACGAGGACUGUAGCCCAGGCUUUGGGCUGAUGGAGGCCGAGCAGUCUCCCUGCUGCCCCAUGCAGAUGGGUGAACACGGAUUGAGGUUGCAGCCUGCAGACGGAGGACAGCUCCACAGGCAGGUGGCGGAAAACCAGCAGCUGUUCAGUGCACUCAGGGCCUUGCUGGAGGACCUGCGCACAGAGCUGCGGGCAGACGAGUGUGCCCGCCUGCAGCUGCAGCAGCAGUACGCCAGCGACAAAGCUGCCUGGGACGUGGAGUGGGCCGAGCUCAAGUGCCGCCUGGAACAGCUGGAAGAGAAGGCUGAGAAGAACUUGGGAGAACCAGGCUCCCCUGCGGACAACAAAGGGACAUUCAAGAAGGAGCAGGAAACCCACCAGAAGCUCCUUGCUGACAGCCACGGCCUGGUCAUGGACCUCCGCUGGCAGAUCCACCACAGCGAGAAGAACUGGAACCGGGAGAAGGUAGAACUUCUUGACCGCCUAGACAGAGAUCGGCAGGAAUGGGAGCAGCAAAAGAAGGAGCUCUUGUGGAAAAUAGAACAGUUACAGAAAGAAAACAGUCCCCGAAGAAACGGCAGUUUUCUCUGUGAUCAAAAAGAAGGCAACAUCCGCCCCUUUGCCCACCCGGGAAACCCUCGAGUGUCCCGUCCUUUGGGGAUGUGGCCCAGCUCGGACAGGGACUCUGUCCCAUUCGAAGAGCGGCCACUGUCCAAGUUGAAGGAAUCAGACAGGUGCUCUGCCCGGGAGAACCUCUAUUUGGACGCCCUGUCUCUGGAUGACGAACCAGAGGAGUCUGCGACCCCAGGACCCCAGAUGGAGUUUAGGAACUGUCUCCCUGAGGAAGAAGAAAAUCACAAGGGAAAUCUUCAGCGGGCCGUGUCUGUAUCCUCAAUGUCUGAGUUCCAGCGCCUGAUGGACGUCUCUCCAUUCCUGCCGGAGAAAGGCCUGCCUGCUGCAGGCAGCAGAGAGGAUGUGACGCCUCCCCUGUCGCCUGAUGACUUGAAGUACAUAGAGGAGUUCAACAGCAAGAGCUGGGAUGAGAGGCCCCCAGACCCCUGGGCAGAGAGGAUGGAGGGGGAGAGGGCAGGGAAAGAGGCCAGCGGCGAGCCUUUUGCGGACUCUUCCUGGUACCUAACCACGAGCGUCACCAUGACCACAGACACCAUGACCAGCCCAGAGCACUGCCAGAAACAGUCCUUGAGGAGCCACAUCUGGGCAGAGCCAGCAGGGCUGAGGGUGUUGCACAGCCCACCCGCCGUGCGAAGAAUGGACAGCGUCAUGGCGGCGGGCAGCGAGGUCAAGGGCCGGCCAGACCCCGAGUGCUCUUUCUCCACAAGCAGAGCCAGGGGAAGCACAGGAGAUGCAAACGGGGGCACCUCAGAGCACGUACUUGCCCGGUGGCCCUGCACCCCCUCCAGACAUCCCCGGGACUACAUGGACGGAGGGCUCCGCCCGCUUGACAGCUCCCUCUGCACCCCCCUGGCCUUUGCCUCCCCGCUUCGUAGCCUAGGGAUGUCCAAGAACUUGAGCGAUGACAUGAAGGAGGUGGCCUUCUCUGUCAGAAAUGUCGUCUGCUCCAGUCCCCCCGAACCUCAGGUCAAGGACACGGCCUGCCAGACCAAUGGGUCCCACACGCUGGGGACACAGACCACCCAGACCAUCAGCGUCGGCCUGCAGACAGAAGCCCUGCGUGGCGGCACCGUCACCAGCAGCCCCCACAGGUGUCUCACGCCAAAGGCAGGGGGUGGUGCCACACCCGUGUCGUCUCCUUCCCGUGGACUUAGGAGCAGGCAGGUGGCCCCCGCCAUUGAGAAGGUGCAGGCCAAGUUUGAACGCACAUGCUGCUCCCCCAAGUAUGGGUCUCCCAAGCUGCAAAGGAAGCCCCUCCCCAAAGCUGACCAGCCAAAUAUUAGGACCUCCCCAGGACUGGCCCAAAAGGGGUGUAGUGAGUCUGCCUGGGCCCGGUCCACCACCACAAGGGAGAGCCCCGUGCACACAGCUAUCAACGACGGCCUCUCCAGCCUCUUCAACAUCAUCGAUCACAGCCCCGGGGUACAGGACUCCUUCCAGAAGGGCCUGAGAGCUGGGAGCCGAUCCCGCUCAGCAGAAUCCCGGCCUGAGCUAACCCCAGGCCUGGAAACCUGCCCCAGUUCCCGGGGACGGUCACCCAGCCCCAUUGGAGUUGGCUCAGAGAUGUGUAGAGAAGAAGGGGGAGAGGGCACGCCUGUGAGGCAGGACUUGUCUGCUCCCCCUGGCUACACGCUCGCAGAGAGUGUGGCCCGGAUUCUCAACAAGAAGCUAUUAGAACAUGCCUUAAAGGAGGAGAGGAGUCAAGCUCCCCAUGGCCCCCCGAGUCUGAACUGUGAGAGCCACGUGGGAGAAACAGUCAAAGCCGAACCAGGGACCAUCGAGGAACUACCUUGUUCCGCACUAGCUCCGACCCUACAGCCCUGCUUCUCCAGACCCGAGAGACCAGCAAACCGCCGCCCUCCGUCCCGUUGGGCCCCGCAUUCCCCCACUGCCUCACUGGCUCCAUCCCCUGGAGACCUGCCUUCCUUGGAGGAGCUGGGUGAAGAGGAGCUGUCCAGGGAGAAACCACACCUGUGACGUGAUGCAGGUUUGCAUGGAUUAUCACAGAAUCAUUCACUGGAAUUUGCAAAACCACACCACCGCCGCCGCCGCCGCCGCCGCCGCCGCCGCCACCGCCAUCAUCGUCAUCCACCAAAUGCUGCCCCAAAGGAGAGAACUAGUUUUCCCAAGGUCAAAGAAUGUUUUUAAACAAAAACACACAGCUGCUGAAUGUUCAACCUGAGAAACUGAGAUGUUUCUGGGAUGAAACAGUAAAUGUGCCUGUAAUAACUUAGUUUUUUUCAUAGCUCAGAAAACUAUUUUUGUCUCCAUCUUUUUUUAUACACAGUAUAUUAAACAAAAAAAGGUAAAUAAGAUAUAAACACAUUUAAAAUAUAAGAGUUUUAAAAGAUGUACACUGUAAGAGAUUCCAAACUCCUUUGAUCCUAAUACUAACUGCCUCUCUGUUAAAUUUGCACUGUUCCAUUUUUUGGUUUGGUUUAUUUCCACGUUGGACCUGAGCAUUUUAAGUUAUUUUUAUUUGGCCAGUGUUGUUGUUUGUUUGUUUGUUUGUUUGUUUAAGAUCCUAAGAGAUGCUUCAGAUUGUCUGA